ACGAGUGGCAAGAACACCUCUGGCAUCGAUUUCGACAGCUACGACAACAUCCCCGUGCAGAUCACGGGUAACGACGUCCAGGACAUCAAGCCCAUCAACAGAUUCUCGGAGGCAAAGCUGACGGACUCCUUGGCCGACAACCUGCGCCGCUGCGGCUACGAGCGGCCCACCCCGGUGCAGAAGAACUCGAUCCCGAUCGUUAUUUCGGGCCGGGACCUGAUGGCCUGCGCGCAGACUGGAAGCGGCAAGACGUGCGCGUUCAUGGUGCCCUGCCUCGAGUCGCUGCUGCGCAGUGGCCCCCCAGCGAACCCAGGCUCGCGGUCGCGCCCGAAGCCGAUGCCGUGCGGCCUCGUGCUGGCCCCCACGCGCGAGCUGGCGGCGCAGAUCCACGUGGAGAGCACGAAGUUCUCCUUCGACACGGGGAUCCGUGCGUGCAUCAUCUACGGAGGUGCGGACAUGAGGGAACAGCGGUCGGAACUCGAGAAGGGCUGCGACAUCCUCAUCGCCACCCCAGGGCGGCUCACCGACAUGUACGAGCGAGGCUUUACUUCCCUAGAGCUGAUCCAGUUCUUCAUCCUCGAUGAGGCCGAUCGCAUGCUUGACAUGGGUUUCGAGCCGCAGGUGCGACAAAUCGUGGAGAAGACCGGCCUUGGAUCAAAGAGCAGGUUCCCGCGCCAGAACAUGAUGUUCUCCGCCACGUUCCCGCGCGAGGUGCAGAGGAUGGCCCAGGACUUCAUGAACGAUUACGUCUUCAUCACUGUGGGCCGCGUGGGCUCGGCCUCGGAGUUGAUUCAGCAGAAGGUGGUGUACGCCGCCGAGACGAAGGCGAAGGUCCGCAACCUAGAGAACGCCAUCAAGGAGAACCUCCCGAAGGGAGGCCUGGCAGUCAUCUUCGUUGAGACCAAGAAGUCUGCGGACAGCCUAGAGCUGGACCUGCACACCUCCGGCGUGGCGGUCACCGCCAUCCACGGCGACCGCUCGCAGAGCGAGCGAGAGGAGGCGCUCCACGCCUUCAAGUCGGGGUCGAAUCCCGUGCUGGUGGCGACGGACGUGGCCGCGCGCGGUCUGGAUAUUCCGAACGUGGCGCUCGUGGUGAAUUUUGACAUGCCCAAGCAGAUUGACGACUACGUGCACCGUAUUGGGCGCGCCACCAUGUGGGAAGUAGGGUCGAAGGAACAAGUAUACCAGCCCAUACAGUUUGUACAAGGUAGGUUCCUGACGUAG